UGAGGGGAGUGUCACUAGAGUGUCCGCAGAUAUUGAUUUGGUAUAAUAUAUUAUAAUUUUUCAAAGGAAUAUGUACAUAAAUAAUAUAUUUCAAGGAAAUAUUUAAUCUUCUAUAGACUUUAAUACUUCCAGUUUAUUUGAUACAUUUUUUCGACAGGUAUAAAUAAAAUUUCUAGAAGUUUCCGUCAACGAGAAUUUCAUGACAGUUUAUCAUCCUCCUAACGUGUUGAACGUGUCAGACCACGUAUUCGUUUUAAGAAUUUUAAUCAGUGAAAGGUGAAGUUUUCUAUAAAGAUGAUCACGGAUGUGCAACUGGCAGUUUUCUGCAAUAUCCUGGGCGCAACAUUGUUUUGUUUGGUAUUCCUCUUUCACUACAUAAAUGCGAAUUAUUCGAAAUGAGGGGACAACAUGUUACGUUUAAUAUAACCCUAAUCAAUAUCAUGGAAUGUUAUAUGUACAAAUGGAGUUGAACAUCUAUGUAUUAUUUUUUAAUUGAAUGAAUCAUGUAAAUCAUAUAAAUGGCUUAUCAUUUUAUAAAUACAUUUCACAUUAAGUAAAAAUAACUUUAGUUUUUUAACACCUCUUACAUUAUGUAAAGUGAAUAUUUUGAAGUAUUUUACUAAAUAAAUUGUACAGGAUAAAAUGUAUAAAAUUCAUGUUUAUUAUUUUAUAGUUAUAA